UGGCAUGCCUAUAGCACAACGCGUGCGUGGGUACAGCACACAACACGAUACGCACUUUUUAAAUAAAUGCUUGUGCCACAGAAAUCGUUGUGAUUUCACACUUUUCAAUUAAAACCCACUGUAAUUUUCCGAGAUUACAGAAAAGUUACCUUAUUUGACUGACUUUGUAUAACAUUUGUCGAAGCAAGUGUUACUUUAAGGUUACUUCCAGUAAGGUAAAAAUGAAUACCGAAGAUACGAUUCGCGUACGGCUCGCAGUUCAUCGUACAAAUACAAAUGUCAGUGAUGGAGAUCGUGCAAUGCCAAGAUUUUAUACACCCGGCGAAGAGGUGUGUAGUCAAGUAGACUUCAUGAGAGGUCAUGGAACAUACAUGGACGAGAAUGAUACUUUACGUGCAUCUGUUGCUGGUGUACUAGAGAAGGUUAACAAAUUAAUAUCUGUGAAGCCAAUAAAAGCCAGAUACCAGGGUGAGAUCGGGGACGUUGUUGUUGGUCGAAUAACUGAGCUCCAGCAAAAGCGCUGGAAGGUGGAUACUAAUUCAAAAUUGGAUUCUGCACUACUAUUAUCCAGUGUAAAUCUUCCCGGUGGAGAGUUGAGACGAAGAUCAGCUGAGGAUGAACAAACAAUGCGUCGUUACUUGCAAGAAGGUGACCUAAUUUGUGCAGAAGUACAAAAUGUAUUCAUGGAUGGUUCGCUGUCAUUACACACCAGAGUAUUAAAGUAUGGAAAAUUGUCCCAAGGCAUCCUCUUGAAGGUACAGCCCUCACUAAUAAAACGUAGAAAGACUCAUUUUCAUAAAUUAUCCAAUGGUGCAAGUUUAAUACUUGGAAACAAUGGUUACGUAUGGAUCGGCGCAAGUGUACAAGACUCUGAUCGUUCAGAAGGUGGAUUUGUACAGGAUUUGUCUCGCAUACCACAACAAGAUCGUGAAACUUGCGCACGUUUGCGAAAUUGUAUUCUAGCUUUAGCUCAGUCAAACAUUUUACUGACAGAUACAUCUGUAACUUACGCUUGUGAAGAAUCGACAAAAUAUUCUGUGAGUGAACUACUCCAACCUGAAGCUGCUCUUGAUGUUGCACUACUCACCCAACAAAGAAUUGGAGAAAGAAUGGAUUGAAAAUUAAUUCCGGCACAUUCAAGAUAUUUUAUUCACAUCAAUAAUGCGAAAUAUAGGUGUUUCAGAACGGUGAAAUUGAAGAACUAAUCUUAAAUAGAAAAAAUAAUCAACCAACGAAUAUCAAGCCAAUUGACAAUACAUUUACAUAAUUUGUUAUGGAACGUGGUAAUGUGAUUUUUUUGCUGAAUUAUCAAGCUACAGACUUCUGUGUUAGUUCCUCAUUCGAUUACGACUUCAGCAAAAAUCUUGAAAUGACUUGUACAAUAGUGGAACUCACAUUAAGGUUAAUACAUGGGUUCGAAUAAUAAUAUCCUUUACCAUAUGAAAUCUGAUGUGACUUUUAUUGAUGUGAGAUUGAAAAAAUUUAUGUGUGAACUAAAAUGAAAGUAAAUGGGAACACAAGAGUGUAAUGUUGAACCUUUGGUUUGUUGCAGUACAAAGCUCUAAUUAAGAAAAUAAUUGUACAUUUGCAAACGCGCUGUAAAAAUAAACUUGAUAUAUGUAUGUAUAUCAGUAUAUUCGAGCGUCA